AAAGUAUAGAAGUGAAGACAUAAAUUUGUUCAGUUUGACUGCUAACAAUCGUAUACCCGUCUUUUUCACAUGAAAACAGCUGUAUUAUCCAACAAAUUCCUUGGUAUAAUUUUGAGCGCAUGUGCAAGUCGAACACAGUAAAAUUUGUCGGAGUAACCGACAUUCUCCAAUGAUAGAAGUUGGUGACUUGGCUCUCAGACUUCUUAAACGCCGGUCACGGUUAUACAACAAUUAGGAAAAUUAAAAAAAAAAUAAAAACAAGAAAAAAAUCAGAUUGUGUCAAACAAUAAGGUUAUUCAAAGAAAAAAAUAACAAAUUAAAUUUUAAAAACUGUAAUAAAGAAUAAAAAAAGCAAAACAUAUUGAAAGGAAACUCUGCAAAGUCUCUCAAUAAUAAGGCUUUUUGUGUCGUAGAGGAAGCUCGUCGCAUAUGAGAUUUGACAACAGAACUAUUCGAUCCUUUCAAUUGUGAACUGAAGAAAAAUUGUUCAAAAAGACGGGUGCGGUCAUACAUUGUAAAACUAUUUCUCCUCAUAAGAACUGAAAACUUAUUCAUUAUUCAAAUUAUUAUUAACUGAAUAAAAAAAGUGAUCAAAUUUAGGAUACUCUAAUUGUAAUACACAAAACAUUUUCUUCGAUAACAUCCUAGAAAAUUCAAACAAUUCUAAAUAGCAUCCAAAAGCUAAAAUCCAAUCAAGUGGUGGGUCUUAACUAAAAUAUCGAUUUCUCAUUUAAUGCGGAGAAAUACUAAAAAUAAAUAAAGCAUAAUUAUAUAACAGAACUGUAAAAAAGUACAUAUUUUUAAAUAAGGUUAAACAACAUAAAGGAAAAAUACAAGAAAAAUUAUUCAACAUAAAAAAAAAAUAUGGCCGAUCAAGAAAUAAUUCAAGAGCCCAUUGAAGAAAAUGCAUUUGUGCCUGCGGCUCAAAAUGAAAAUGCAGAAUUUGUUAGCAAUGAAGAGCCUAAUAAAGAUUUGGAAAAUAAAAAUGCUGAUGAGCCUAUUGAACAGCCCCAGAGUCUUGAGCCUGCAGAAGCACGAGACUCUGAAGGUGGAAUGGCAAGUAUUAUCGGUCCACCUAGUCCUCUCACCGGAUGUUAUUUAUUGAUUGUCAUUGGCGAACCGCAUAAUAGCGACCACAAGGAUAUAAUUUUACAACGUUUGAUAAAAGGUCUUCUUUCUUGGGAUCUCUCUGAUAAUCACGUUGAUUUAGAAGAAGAAUUGAGUACUCUUACUUGUCAAGCUAUUGAAGGCGAAGAAGGCAAGCAUGGUGAACGCUUGAUACAAUUCGCUAGUGAAAAUUUAGUCACAGAAAUUUUAAUUCAUCCACAAUUUAAUACUUUCAUACAGUGUAUAAGAAACUUGUUAAGCAGUUUUACGCGUCAUCGACACAUUAUUCAUUCGGGAUACACUUUUGCAGGGAAUGGAUCGUGGAUAUUACAGGAUGGAACAUUUUCGGUUUCCGACUUUGCAGAAGCAUUUCAAGACUAUGAAGUACAGCGUGUGUUGCGAGCAUAUCCAGAUACCAUUACAAUGGACAUUCAUUGUACCGCAAACGGUCACUGGACAACAAUAUCAGAUAAGAAUUUCGCAAAAACCUGCAAAAUCCGUAUCAAUCCCAACAAUGUUUUAAAUUCCGGAAGUGAAAAGCUAAACGCAUUCAUAAACUACUUAUCGCCAAUGGUAAUACCAACAGACAUUACCGAUCUUUUGGAAAGCUCUGAUGUGGUCGGUAAUAUUAGAUUUUCACACCCUACAUUGUAUGUCUUCCCUGGAGGUCAGGGUGAUGCAGCACUUUUCGGUAUAAAUGGUUUUAAUAUGUUAGUUGAUGGUGGCUUUAGUCGUAAAUCAUGCUUUUGGGACUUUGUGCGACAUCUAGAUCGAUUAGAUGCUGUUUUAAUGACUAGAAUAAAUAAUAGUAAUAUAAGUGGUUUAAAUUCCGUAAUUGAACGCAAAUCUAUGGCACAUGUUUAUCCACAAAUUGGUCACUUCUUUACUAAUAUUCCUGAUAAACUUUCAAUUCCUAGUUCAGAUAGUGUGUCCAAUAACGAUCCCCUUCUUAUAGAUUUGAUCAAAGAAGGUCAAAAAACUAUAACUAAUUUGAAAACUCUUAAUCUAAAAGCACAACAUUGUUAUCGUGAUUCUGAGCCCAUGAACCUAUAUCACAAAGUUGGUCAUGGUACCCUUGAUAUGUAUGUGAUUAGUCCAUCAAAAGAUUCGAAAGAAGUUAAAGAAUUCAUUCAAAAAUGGAAUAAUAAUGAUCCAAAACUAUUUGCUACUAAAGAUGCAAAAGAAUUUAUUUUUCCAUUACAAAAUAUGAUUUCUAUCUGUGCUCUGCUUAUCUGGACACCUGCAAAUCCUGAGGAUAAUGUUACAAGAAUCUUAUUUCCGGGAAGUACACCACAGGCAAAAAUAUUUGAAGGGAUGGACAAAGUAAAAUCCUUAGAGUUCUUAAAAACUCCAGUAUGCACUGUCAAAUCUUUAUCAUCUAGUUCAUCGACCAUCAUAAUGGCAAAGAAGAACUACAAAUCUAGUAUUUCAGAUAAAAAUCAUCUUGAUUCCCCGAAGCCUAUCAGCAAAUUACUUGAAUGUGACAGCAAAGGUAAUGAUGUAGAUAAUAAAGUAAUUGAAAGUAAAUCAAAUGAAAUUACGAAAGAGGACAUAGCUCAAGAAACUAAAAAAGAACAAAACGUUUUAAAAUCGGUACCUAAUGCUACUAAAACGUCCAAAUCACGAACAGAAUUGAAACGUAUUGAAAAUAAAAUUAUUAAAAAAAUCGAUCCAAAAGACUCUGACGGAGAGUCUCAAGAAGAGAAAAAGAGUGAUGAAGACAAAAAACCUGAGAAAAAAGUCGAAAAAAAAGAAGACUUAGACGCUAGAGUGACAAAAUCUAAAACCAAUCGACUCAAAACAGAUAGCAAGGUUAUGGCUCGUUCUCGUAUUGAUACAAAACCACCAAAAACGCUGAGCGAACGAAAACCUUUGAGAAAAGAUGGAAUUGACACAACCAAAGAAAUAAUUCGCUCGUCACCACCAACACCUAAAAAAAGUUCCACAAAAUCUACAGAAGAUACAAAACUCUCGAGCAGCGCUGCACCUCGUGAAGUAAAAAAAACAGUCACACGUACAAUUCGCGCAAGUCCAAAAAAUACUCCGGGUAAGAGUACAAAAGAAGCAAAUAAUCGCAAAGUACUUGAAAGUACCCAAAAACUUCCACAUCAUAAACGAGAAAUUAAUAAACAACCUAAAAAUGAUCGAAAACUUGCACCUCAUUAUGCUAAGGCGCUGUCACCCCAAACUGGUUCGCCUUCAAAAAAAAUAAAAUCUGAAAAAGAUACAAUUAUCCGAAAGUCUAGAACAGACAAAAAUGGAACAACGGAUUCUAGUUUAGUGUCUACUCCAAGUGCAGAUGAAGCAUAUAAACGAGUUACAGAACCAUUAGAACAAGAAGUCAAAUCAGAAGAUUUAGAAGAACUUAAAGAAGAGCAAGAAGCCGUUCGAGAAAUUGAGGCGGUAUUCCAAAGAGAACAAAUUAAAGAUGUGAGUAAAAAAUUGAUAGCUGAAGAUCAUAGGGAUAUUCAAGAUAGUGCUACUGAAGCCGACGAAGAAGACGAAUAUUUAAUAAUUGAAAAGGAAGAUCAAUAUACAGAGGAUUCUGUAAAUGACGCUGAAAGCAGUGCAACAAAAGAAGAAGAAAUACAGAAACUACAACGUGAUUCCGAAGAGUCUGAAAAACGUCGUAAAGGUAGCUUAGAAGUAACAGAAGAAGAAAACGAAGAAGAAGCUUUGAUUGACGAAGUUGAAAAAGAUGAUGGAAAAUCAGAAAAACAUAAAAUCCAAAAAACAGAUGAACUGGAGGAAACAGAUGAUGACGGAAAAAUAGUGGAUUUACCAACAAAUAACGAAAAGCCACAAGAGAUAGAGCAAAUAAAAGAAAUAUUGCAGGAGCAAGUCCAAGAAAUAAUAGUUUCUGCUAAAGAAAUGGCUAAAACUAAACUGGAAGCACCUGAAGUUAAACCGGAUGAAAUAUCAUCUACUACUCCAGAGGAAAAAGUGACAAGUAAGAAAACUAGUGAAAAAGAAGAUGAUAUUAAUCAGCAAGCUGUAAGUCAGCCAGAAGAAAAGUUUUCAACAAACGUUGAAUCUGGUGCUACUACUACUGCCCCCACUCUUCCAGAAGAUGAACGAUGUCCACUUGAUGAAAUAAAAGAAGAUUUAGUAAUAGAAGAAAAACAUGUAAAAGAAAACACAAGAGAAAAGGAAAUGCUUCAAAAUACUCUUCAUCGAACACAUGAACCAUUGGAACGCCAAAGUCCACCAAAACUUCCAAUACAAAGUACUGUAGCACCGCACUUACGAGAUAUUGUUAAAACUCCAGAUGAAGUUGCAGACCUACCAGUUCACGAAGAAGCCGAUAUGGAUGUUUAUGAAGAGGGACAUAAAUCAACAGAAAAAGAACUGAAAAAACUAAACAGCAAAGAUUGUGAUCAAAUUGAUAUCAAUGAUGAAAAGACUGAAACUGUGAAGCUUGAAACUGAUGUGUAUGUUAAGCAAGAAGAUUUUAUAAAUAAAGUUGGUGAGGCUGUGGAAGAACAAAUAUUGAAAACUGAUACCGAAGUAAAUAAAUUAGCUACAGAAAAUGAAAAUGAUGUCGCUUUAAGACAAAAUUUUGAAAAACCCCCAUCUAGUGUAGAUAAAACCAUACCAGGCUCUCGCAAAUCAUCAAUUAAUGAUGACAAUGCAAAUUCUAACCAAACCUUAUCAGACUCACGAAAAACGUUAAUAUGUUCAAGUAAGCCUUCUUCUCCUGAUAAAGUUGAAUCAACUUUGACAGUUGAAAUAGAAAGUCGAGAUCCUGAUACACAAAUUGUCGAAUUACCUGUAAAUCAGACAAAUGAAGAUACAAAUAAAAAAUCUCAAGAGUCAAGUAGAGCUUCUUCUCCAAAACCUGAAACAAAAACAAAUGAAAAAUUAAAUUUGGCCACAGAUACAGAAGACUCAAACAAAAUUUCAAGUCCUGAGCCUCAUGUCGAAGAUCAAGCCGUAUCAAUCAUACAAGAGCAAACAAUAAAAUUAUCUAAAGACAAUAGCAAAGUUGCUUCUCCAAGCCGUAUAGAUGGAAGUAAGGAUACACAAAAUGUACCAGAAAAUAUUACAAAAACAAUUGAGGCUUUAGAUUUUGAAGUAUAUCAAGAAAAAUCCAACAAAACCAUUUCUCCACAACCUGAAGAAAAUGUGAGUAAUAUACAUGACGAGCCAGAAGAAGUUUCUAGACCAAACAUGAAAGACUAUAAAGAAGAGCUCGAAAUCACAAGUUAUAAAACACAUGAAGAAACGAAAGAUAAACCUGAAGAUUCAAACAAAGCUCCUUCUCCACAGCUUGAAGAUAUAAACAGAGCUUCUUCUCCUCAGCAUGAAGAAUCGAGCAAAGCUUCGUCUCUACAACUUGAAGACAGUGUAGAUGAUAAAGUAAACUUAAGUACAGAAACUAAUUUACUAAAAGACUCGACUGAACUUCCAAGUCCUGUCCUUCAAGGUGAAGAUAAAACAGAAAAACAUACAACUGCAAGUUCUAAAACAUGCGAAGAAACGAAAGAUAAACCUGAAGAUUCAAACAAAGCUUCUUCUCCACAGCCAGAAGAUAUAAACAGAGCUUCUUCUCCUCAGCAUGAAGAAUCGAGCAAAGCUUCGUCUCUACAACUUGAAGACAGUGUAGAUGAUAAAGUAAACUUAAGUACAGAAACUAAUUUACUAAAAGACUCGACUGAAGUUCCAAGUCCUGUCCUUCAAGGUGAAGAUAAAACAGAAAAACAUACAACUGCAAGUUCUAAAACAUUCGAAGAAACGAAAGAUAAACCUGAAGAUUCAAACAAAGCUUCUUCUCCACAGCCAGAAGAUAUAAACAGAGCUUCUUCUCCUCAGCAUGAAGAAUCGAGCAAAGCUUCGUCUCUACAACUUGAAGACAAUGUAGAUGAAAAAGUAAACUUAAGUACAGAAACUAAUUUACUAAAAGACUCGACUGAAGUUUUAAAUCCUGUCGUUCAAUGUGAAGAUAAAACAGAAAAACAUACAACUGCAAGUUAUAAAACACAUGAAGAAACGAAAGAUAAACCUGAAGAUUCAAACAAAGCUCCUUCUCCACAGCUUGAAGAUAUAAACAGAGCUUCUUCUCCUCAGCAUGAAGAAUCGAGCAAAGCUUCGUCUCUACAACUUGAAGACAAUGUAGAUGAAAAAGUAAACUUAAGUACAGAAACUAAUUUACUAAAAGACUCGACUGAAGUUCCAAGUCCUGUCCUUCAAGGUGAAGAUAAAACAGAAAAACAUACAACUGCAAGUUCCGAAACAUUCGAAGAAAAGAAAGAUAAAUCUGAAGUUUCAAACAAAGCUACUUCUCCACAGCCAGAAGAUAUAAAAAGAGCUUCUUCUCCUCAGCAUGAAGAAUCGAGCAAAGCUUUGUCUCUACAACUUGAAGAUAAUGUAGAUGAAAAAGUAAACUUAAGUACAGAAACUAAUUUACUAAAAGACUCGACUGAAGUUCCAAGUCCUGUCCUUCAAGGUGAAGAUAAAACAGAAAAACAUACAACUGCAAGUUCCGAAACAUUCGAAGAAAAGAAAGAUAAAUCUGAAGUUUCAAACAAAGCUACUUCUCCACAGCCAGAAGAUAUAAAAAGAGCUUCUUCUCCUCAGCAUGAAGAAUCGAGCAAAGCUUUGUCUCUACAACUUGAAGAUAAUGUAGAUGAAAAAGUAAACUUAAGUACAGAAACUCAUUUACUAAAAGACUCGUCUGAAAUUUCAAGUCCUAUCCUUAAAGGCGAUGAUAAAAUAGAUAAACAUCCAACUGCAUGUUCUGAAACAUUUGAAGAAACGAAAGAUAAAUCUGAAGAUUCAAACAAAGCUUUCUCUCCACAACGUGAAAAGGAAAACUUGACUACAGAAACUCAUUUAAUAAGGGACUCGGUUGAAAUUCCAAGUUCUGAAACUCAAAUAGAAGAUGAAAAAGAAACAAGUAUAUUAGAAAGCUCGGAAACACAUGAAGCAAUAACGAAAAAAUCUGAAGAACCAUGUGAAGCAACUUCCCCAGAAUCUGAAGAACCAAACGAAGUUUCUACUCCACAACCUGAAGAAUCGAACCAAGCUUCUUUUACUCAACCUGUAGAAAAUCUAACGGAAAAAAUAAACUCGAUUGAAAUACCAAGUGCCGAUACUCAAACAGGAGAUGAAAAAGAAACAAGUAUAUUAGAAAGCUCGGAAACAGAUGAAGUAAUAAUGAAAAAACCUGAAGAACCAUGUGAAGCAACUUCCACAGAAUCUGAAAGACUAAACGAAGUUUCUUUUUCACAACUUGGAGAAUCAAGAAAAAACUCUUUUCAAUCAUCUGAAGAAUUUAGAGAUGAUGAAAUAGAUAAACUUGAAAUGAAAAAAGAGACAAGCAAAGCUUGUACGGAAAAUGAAUCUGGAAAAAACAAACAAGACAUACCCGAAGAAUCAUUGCAAAUCAUUUCUCCACAAAUUGAAGAAAACCAAGAUCAAAACAAAUCAAGUUUAUUUUUAGAAAGAGAUGUUAACCAAACACAAAGCAGUGAGUUUACUAUUUGUCCUAAGACGCACAUAGAAACUAUUCAAAUCAUAAGUGAAAUAAAUGAUGGAGUAGCAACUAUUUUAGGUGUUACAAUAGUCGAUUCUAGUGACAAAUCAACUGAAAAAAUUCAUUCAGAAGUUUCAUCUCCUUCUUCAAACCUAUCAACAGUAGAGCAACACUUGAAAUCUGAUACAGAACCUAAUAUUAAGUUGAGUAAAAUGUCAACAGACACAUGCAUAAGUAUGACUUCAGAACAUAUUGAUGAUAUUAUGGAAUCAGAAAAUAUUGAUGAUAUGAUGGAAUCGAUAAAAAAUUCCGCUCAUCAUGCAGUAGAUUUUACUAAGGAAGAUAUAAAACAAAUUGAAACUGAAAUGAAAGAAGCAGGUGAAAAAAUUAUAGAAUCGGUCAAAAUAGAGGUAGCUUCAAAAGUAGCAGCUUCAGAAGUAAACAGCCAAACUUUUAAGAAUGAAAUGCAAAAGGUUGCAGAUGAAGCUGAUCAAGCUGUAAAAAAAUUGGUAGAAAGUGUUCAAGCAGAAAUUGUUGCAUCAACUAACCUCAUAAAUGAACAAUCACAAUCUUUGGAAGAAGCAACAAAAAAUAGUCUUAGUGAAAAAAAAUCAUUGACUCGGACUAAUAUUGAGGAACUGCGAGAAGAGCUUACGAACACAAAAAAAGAAAUCGAAGAUCUAGCAAAGCAAACCACUGUAGCUGCCGAAAAAAUAAAGCAAAACAUUUCAUAUGAAAUUCAAAAAACUAUUGAACAUAUUCAAGAGUCAACAGAAAAAAAUAUACAAUUAGAUAAAAAUCUUACUCAAACUACUGUUGAAGUAUCAAGCUCAAUUGAACGAACUCAAAGUGAUAAUAUUGACGAGCAUACAGAUGUUAUAAGAGUAAAUGAUGAUUUUGAACCAAAGAUUAAUACAAUCAUCAUGAAAGAAGUUACAACUGAAAUACGCGAAACUCACAUUACCACUGUUGACUCUCCAAUGAAAGAAAAAUCCAAAAUUGAUGAAAUAACAAAAGAGCAUGACAUUGUUGCUUCAUCAUUUCGAAUUGAGGAAAUAAAAUACGAUACAGGAUUAGAUGAGAUUCAGGAACUAGAGGAAGAAGAUCGUUGUUCUCCUUCUUCAAAACUCACAACAUCAUCAUGUACAAUAAGACCGCGUACUCCAGAGGAAGUCCAGAAAAUUGUAGCAGAAGUCGCUGAAGUCCUAAAGUCUGAUAAAGAACUGACUGAUAUUAUUCCCGAUUUUGAUGAAGCAGAACUUGAACGACGUUUAUCUCAAAAGUCAGAUGACACCGGUUUAGGCCACCGAAUGUUGCUUACAGCAAGUAGCGAAGAUGGCGGAGGAGAAACUGAAAUAAAUACUCAAGAGACCACAUUGGUGAAUCAACCUCAAAGUCCAGAGCUAUCUGGAAAAUCAUCUCCGGAAAUACGAGUUGAUUUAGCACCAGACAUCGAUCAAAACGAUAUGGAAAUAAAUGCUAAAAGUGAGCAAACUCCACUUUCUUCAUUUGAAGAAAAAGAAAAACAAGAAGUUUCUGAAAAGUCUUUGGCCAAACAUGACGCAACCACAAUAGAAAAAGAACGUAAUGAUUCAUUUACAUUUGACCGAGAAGAGCCUGACAGACGUGAAUCAACAUAUUCAACUUUCAGUGAGAAAGAUAUGACUCAAGAUGAAAGUUCAAUCGAAGAACAAAAAUCUCCAAGCUCACCUCCCUUAUCAACAGCAAGUCAUAUAAGUGACAUAAAACAAGAAACUCAGAACGCAAAUCAGCAAGUUCCUCCGAUCCAAGAGACCUCCGAUAAAUUUCCCGUUUCACUUGAUAAUGAGAUACAGCAACAACAGGAAAAAAAGAGCGGGUUCCCAAGUGGUACUACUGAUGAUCAAUCUCCUGAUUGUUAUACAGAUGAAAAGCCCUUGGAUUCUAUUAUUGUUAGAGAAUGUAGAUCUAAAUCAGUAUCUGCUUUAGUUACAAAUACGCCUUAUAAACUUGAAAGGGAAUUUUUGGAUGAUUCAAUUAAACUACCAGUAGUAGAAGAGUCAAUAAACUCUUCACAUGAGAGUCUAGUUCGAUCUACAAUGUCUAUAGUAAAGGAGUUUGCUGAUCUUACGAAAUUCCCCGUUAAAGAUGAGGUCAUGGAUUCAUCGCCUACCGAAAUUUCAAUUGAAAACAUAACAGUCACACAAAAACAUGAUAGAUCUCUUACUCCGGAGCCCGAUAGCUCAGUAUUUUCUGGUAAACAAUCUCCAGAUGUAAAUAGUAAAAGUGCAGAUGUUUCUUUAGAAAAAGGAAAAUCAAACGAAGGCAGUGAUAAAUCAUUUGGAACUUUAGAAAGAGAUUCAAUUGAUGGGAGUCAUACAACUGGAAACACAACCAUUGAAAAGGAUAGUUUAUCACUAGAUUCUUCAAAAACAGGAUUCGAUAACAUAGAAGCUAAUGUUAGCGUACCGAUGCAAAUAUUUAAUUCAACUAUUGUAGAGCAUACAUCAGCUACAACUGGCUCUACGAAUCAGGUUAUUGAUGAUUUAAAAGAUCGAAAGACUCCUCCGACAGCACCUAUAAGUCCCAAUAUAAAAACGGAUACUACACAAAAUGAAUCAAUUGAAGAGUUGCAUAAAGAAUUGCAGUCAACAGUUUCUAGUAUACAUGGAAGCACUGAAAGUAUUGCAAAGUCUAUUCCGAUGUCUACAGGUGGGCAAGGAUCUGGAAUAGAAACUCCAGAGUCAUCUCCAAAACCAACAGCUCCAUUUCCAAAGGGCUUGGACACCGUUAAGCCAGAAAAUUAUAAAAUAUCUUCAGAAAUGGCCACGUCUGAUAUGACCCAUACUUACACCUCUGAUGAAACAAUUCAUGUUGAAAGUACUGAUACCGUGGUUUCGAUUACAAAAACACUUGAACCUACCACUACUUUACCUAAAAAUGAGAACACAAUUGUUUCAGAGAAAGCAUCCACUGUACAAAUUGUAUUACAAGAAGAAAAGAGUAUAACAGUUCACAAAUCAAACAUUACUGAAAAUGACAGUGAAGAUGAAGGUGCCUGCUCAGCAAUGAGUACAUCUCCACAGCCACCAGCAUCACCUUAUGCAACGAAAUUCAACUUUGAAACAGAAAUAUCUAGUGAUUGCACAGGUAAUAAAUUGAAAUUUGAUGACAUUGAUGAAAGUCAAUAUGAAAUUCCACCCCAGUAUGACACUGCUUUGACACUUUGUUCUCCAAAUUUCAAACCAGAUCCUAUGAACACAUCUUUUUAUGGUUCUUUGCCAGAAGUCGAAAAACCAAAAACAGAAGAAACUCACGCAGCAUUCUCUUCUCAAUUCGUAGAAACAGUGUCUAGUCCAGUUGAAGUGGCGGAAUUCAGACACACAACAAGUGAUAAAUAUUUUGAUGAGGCUGACUUGGAUUUUGAUAAAGUUAUGACUAGUGAUACAGAAAAUAAAGAUAGACACGAAAGUAAAGAAAAAGAAAAGAAGGCUGAAGAAACUUUAGCUUCUUGGGGUAAACCAUUAGGAUUACCAUCUCCUGCUCUAACUCCAGCUGAAACGGAAAAUCGAACAACACCAAAGAAGGAAAGAAAACAAAUAGCAGCAAAAACAAAAUUAAAUAAUGAAAAGAACCUACGCAAACGAGGAGAAUCACCGGCUAGCAAGAAAAGACCUGCUCCAGUAUAUGUUGAACUUGCGUAUGUACCACACCAUGGAAACAGUUACUAUUCACAUGUUGAAUAUUUUCGCCGUAUUCGCGCCAGAUACUAUGUCUUUUCUGGUACAGAGCCUAGUCGUGAAGUUUUCAACGCUUUGUUGGAAGCAAAACAAACUUGGGAAGAUAAAGAAUUAGAGGUUACUAUCAUCCCAACAUAUGACACAGAUGUACUAGGAUACUGGGUCUCAGAAAAUGAAGAACUAUUAUCUAAGUAUCACAUUGACCUUUCACCUUCAGCGGCAAGAUGUACCAUAAAUUUACAAGAUCACGAGACAUCAUGUUCAGCUUAUCGCUUGGAAUUUUAAACUACAAGAGCCUUUUUGGAAUGAAUUCAUCCAACAGAAAUCUUUUAAUUAUUUAUAUACUGUAUUAUUUUUAUUAGUUAUCAUGAAACUAGUUAUAAAUUCUUUAAUCUUUAAUUCAUAUAAUAUGAAAAUAAGUUUUUUAUAUUCAUAUUACAAAUUUAAUUUACGCUAACACUUUUACAUGAGCAUAACUCAUUAUAUACAAAAGAAAAGGUAAUGAGAUUGAUAAUUGGAGAAUAAUUAAAUAAAAAGAUGAAUCUCAUAUAAUCAGAUAUUGGCAAAAACACACAUAAUUACGUUUUUUAAUAAAAACAGAUUAGAUAUAGAAUCUGUUUUUAUUCAAAGACGUAUUCUGCAAUAUUCUAACAUUAUAUUUUCAUACAAAAAAGGUUUCUAAUAUCUUCUUCAUUUGCAUGUACAGAAAAAGGAACGUCCCAAUUUCAUAAAUAAGAACGCACAAACUUCUAACAUUAAAUAAGCUCUCGGUACUUGUACCAAGUUAUAUUAAAAAAGCUAUUCAAAAUAUAUCAGAAACCGUCUUAAACAAAAAGAUUUUCAUCAGAAAAUCUGCAAUUCUGAUGUCUUUCGUUUUGUUUUAUUGCUUUUCAUAAAAUAAAUUGAUCAAAUUCACAAAAUAAAAAUAUAUUGAGCAGUAUUCAGCCAAGUUUACGCAAAACCGACCAUAUUAUCAAACGCUAAAAAGGAAUUUAAUCCUAACUUUUAACAUUUAUUGACUAACACAGAAGCAUAAAGAUCCGUCGUUUACAAAUAAUCCAUAUAAAUUUAAUUUUUUAUUUAUUUC